CGUUUGAUGCGUGUUCAUGGUGGUGGUGGUGGUGGUGGCUUCAUUGUAAGAUGGCGGCGUGCUGAGGUUGAAGCCGUGAGGAAACAUUCCUCAUGUUUAACAUACAAAGAAAUGGCCGGCCAAGUGACAAUUCUCACGCCCGAAAAAAAUGGCAACACAAAUGACCAGGAUACAAGGAUGCUCGGACAAACGGCGUCCGUGUUGUGGAUGAAGAUGAGGAGCACCGGUGGAUGUUUGCUGCUGGCCCUGAUGCUCCUCUGCUGGCUGACGUGCGCGGAGUCAUCCUCAGGCGAGCACGAGCUGCGUAACGCCGACUCCUCGGACUUGAACCCGCAUCCGGACGGCAGCGUGCCGCCUCCCCGACACCGCUGGCAUCAUCGUCAUCAUCUUCAUCAUCACUCAGGUGGCGAGGUUCACGUGGAGCACGCCACUGUGGCCGCACGCCAUCUGGUUACUAUGUUUUUGGCAUUGGAUGUCCGCAGUCUGAACACGGCUCUUCUUCGUUGGUUUCGCGGCGGCGUGGCGGCGGCGCUGGGAGUUCCUGUCGGCCUCGUCCACAUCAACGCUGUCGAUGAGGAGAAGAACGGCGUGGAGUUCUUUGUGUCCUCGGAGCGCCCGGAUGAUUCCGAGCCCCGCCCGGCCCGGGACGUGGUCCGAUCGCUUGACGUCAGGGUGCUUCAUCGCCACCUGGCGCACUUUGGCAUCACCGAAGUCUCCACCGAGAACGUCCUGCAGGGGCCGCCACGGGAGCACGCGCGGCGGCAGGAGUGCUUCUACAUCCUCUUCUUCACCAUCUUCAUCAUGGCCCUCGUCUGCUCGAUGCUUUUCUAUCGUCUCAAGAAAACUUGGAAGCCGCAGCCGAAAGCUGCGCCCCUUCAUUUCACCGCCAAGGCGGCCACGCACGCUCCCCGGCGGCGUCGGCCGAUCGCGGCGGCCCGGCCGCUUCCCGCGCCCGCCCUCCCGCCGCCGCCCAGCCCCGCCCAUUCCUCCGAAGUCGACCGCGCCCCCCUGGCGAGCGUCGCGCCGGUAGCGAAUGAGCUGGAGCCGUGCAGCUCCCCCUUCAGGAUGAAACCGUCAUCACGACUACAAGAAAGACGCGGCUCCAACGUGACGCUCGUUCUCGACAUGUCGGUGCCCGUCGGCAUCGCCGUGGUGACGCCGCCUAGGGAAGAGGCGGCCCGCGAGUAUCUGAUGGCCGCGGGUCACGCGCUCACGCCGCAGCGACUGCGUGACCUCGUCAAAGACGCGCACACGCUACAUGCAGAGUUCUCGGAGAUCCCAAUGAACUUCACGGAUUCAAAGCAGGCGGACGUGCCCAACCACGGAAGCAAAAACCGAUACAAGACCAUCCUGCCCAAUCCUCAUUCCAGAGUCGUGCUGCAGUCCCCGCUCAGCACCUACAUCAACGCCAACUACAUCCGGGGUUACCGUGGCGACGAGAAGGCCUUUAUCGCCACGCAAGGCCCGAUGGUGAACACGGUGGACGACUUCUGGCUGAUGGCGUGGCAGGAAGCGGCCCCCGCUAUCGUCAUGAUCACCAAGCUCAAGGAGAAGAACGAGAAGUGCGUCCUCUACUGGCCGGAGAGGCGCGGCAUGUACAGGAAUGUCGAGGUGGAGGUCAACGGCGUACGAGAGUGUCAACACUACACUGCCAGACACAUCACGCUCAAGUUUGGGCCUCGUACCCACACACUGCUUCAUUACUGGUUCACGUCGUGGCCUGACCACAAGACGCCCGACGCCACUUUGCCGCUGCUGCAGCUGAUGGACGACGUGGAGGCGGCGCGGCGGGCGGCGGCUUCGGGGCCCGUCAUCGUACACUGCAGCGCCGGGAUCGGCCGCACGGGCUGCUUCAUCGCCGCCAGCGUGGGCGCCCGGCAGCUGGCGGCGGAGGGCGCCGUAGACGUGCUGGCCAUCACGUGCCAGCUGCGCCUGGACAGGGGCGGAAUGAUCCAGACGGCGGAGCAGUACCAGUUUGUCCAUCACGCCUUGAGCCUGUACGAGUCCCGCCGGCGUCGCCGCGGCAAUCUGACGUGCGAGGGCGGGGCUUGUUGACUUUGCCGGACGGGAGCGGGAGAAGAAGGAAGGUACACUUUGGCGGCCGAGGAACGUCUUUGUCGGUUUUCAACUGCAACUUCUGUUCCGACUUGUUUCAAAUGCGUUCUUCCUGCACGGCCAACGUUCACACUCAAUGGCCGUGUUUCACUUUGAAAUUCCUAAAGAAAACCUAUAUACAUCAAUGGAUAACUCAUUUUUUAUUGUUAUGAUUUAUAAUUGAGUCAAUAUAAGGAUUUAACCAGUUCAGUAAUCCAUUCCAAAAUGUUACCUGUGCAGUAAUCCCCUGCUAUAACGCUUGUACUUUUUGUCUGAAAUACGUUUACAAUGUGUUUUAAAAGUAUUUAAAUGUGAUUACAGCAUGUGGGAGGGUAUUUGAAGACGAAACAAAAAAAGGUUUGAAUUUUUAUUCCAUUAUUGUAUAUCUAUACAUUUAAAAAAUGUAUUCAGAAACGUUUACAAUGUGUCUAAAAAGUGUGUUUUAAUCCAUGGAAAUGUGUUUAAUGAGUGUGGGGGAGAUAUUUUAAGGGUUGAAAAAAUUGCGUAUGCUCUGGAAUGUGGACAGAAUUCACUAUAUUUGUGAAUACAUUUUGUCAAUAAAAUAAAAAAUAUUUAUAAAAUAAAGACUCACAAAUACUUGAAGUCCCUGUUCACAUUCCAGACCGCCCACAAUUUUUUUCCAAUGUUAAUUUCUAAAUAAAAAAGGAUGGUAAAAUAAAAAGUGAAGAUGCAUCGAGCAUUUAAAAAAAAAAUAUAUAUAUUUUUAAAUCAAACCAUUGUUUCAUCAAAUGUAUUUUAUAUUUUAUUUUAUAUGUAUUUACAGUAAAUUAGCAUUUCAUGAAAUGAAAUGAUAAAUAAUACAUUUCAAAAUGAAUACAUUUGAAUUCACGUAAAUGGUUGCAACAAAUAUUUCUGGACUCUCGAUGUCCUCUGAAUAAAAAAUCUUUCAAAAGUGGGCCGUCGCUUGGCCACCUCUGCAUUUGACCACAAAUGUUUUUGUUGUUGUUGUUGUUUUAAACCCACAAUGGUGCAGGCAUCUCUUUGAUUGUAUAUUUUUUUCUUUGCGCUCAUAAGAACUUUAUUUUUAUAUUGUUAAUUCCAGAUCGAGUGCGUGUACUGCGUAGCAGCCGUUUGUGUCAAUUAAGGGAGAAAACCUUAAAAAAAGGAAAGCAAAAUGUCCCAAAUCUGCAUGAAAAAAAAGUGGUUAAAAUCUCAUUUUCAUCUUUUUGUGAUGGAAAAGCACUUUAGACCUUCAUCACCCUCAUCAUCACGUCACGUGACAAUGUUUGUAGCCGGAGGCUAACGUGAGAUUGUGGUUCGUUGUCAUCAUAAACGCAAAUUGACUUGAAUGUUUAUUUUCUUGAAUAAAGUCAAUUGAAGGAAAACAAGCAAGGCUGCGCUGCGCUUUACUUCUGAAGGGGGCGCUGCAACUUAUUCCAAUCAAUUCGACGUUAUUUUCCAUCGUGUCAGACGAUAUCUCAAGACAGGUUUUGGGUUUCAAGCAAAGAUGAAAGUUUGCAGUCCGCAAUAUGUGCAACCUACUUCUGCAUUGGGCAAAACAGGUCGCAGCACGUCCUCCUCCUCCUCCUCCUCGCUCGACUGGACGGUGAAGGGGACUGUCACGAAGCAAACGUGCAAACUUGAAAUUUUAUGAACGCGAGAUGCCACCAAAGAUGACAGCAGCCGAGGAUGAGGCUGGGUUCAUGUUUUCAUCGAUUUGUCUCAAUAGAAAUGAUCGACAUGUGUUGAACAAUCGUGUCACCAAACCACAGUCACGCUUGUUAGCCUAGCAUACACGGGAAGCCGGUUCUCCCGUUUAGCACGUUUGUCACAAUUGUGACAUUCCUCGUAUAGCGGAAUAGGGUUGAAAAAAAUUCAAGCGA